GUUGAUUUCGAUCCUCCACCGCCGCUAUCUUCAUCCCUCCUCGGACUCGUCUAGAACAUCAAUACAGUGAGAUAUAUAUCUCUCGAGCUACUUUUAUUUUUUUAUUUUUUCCGUCUGUUGCAGUAAGACUUGCUUCGGGCAGUCCCAUUGGUCAUCAUGGCAGCUGCUCAGGUUAUUUCGAACUCUGGUCAUGAUGAUAUGAUUCACGACGCCGGAUUGGACUACUAUGGCCGCAGAUUAGCAACAUGUUCGUCGGACAAGACAAUAAAGAUUUUCGAGAUCGAGGGGGAGACACAUCGCUUGGUUGAAACGCUGAAAGGACACGAAGGCGCGGUGUGGUGUGUGGCAUGGGCUCACCCCAAGUUUGGCACGAUUCUGGCCUCCUCUUCGUACGACGGAAAAGUGCUUAUCUGGCGUGAACAACACCAAAACACGACAUCCCCCGUUGCAGGCAGCACCUGGACAAAAGUUUUCGAUUUCUCCCUCCACACUGCGUCGGUGAAUAUGGUUUCCUGGGCUCCACACGAGAGCGGAUGUCUCCUUGCUUGCGCUUCUUCGGAUGGGCAUGUGAGUGUCCUCGAGUUCCGCGACAACAGCUGGACUCAUCAGAUCUUCCACGCUCAUGGAAUGGGCGUGAACUCGAUCAGCUGGGCCCCAGCAGCGUCUCCUGGUAGCUUGAUUAGCUCGAACCCUGCUCCAGGUCAGCAGCGGAGAUUCGUUACCGGUGGCAGUGACAAUCUGCUGAAGAUAUGGGAUUACAACCCGGAAAGCAAGACUUACAACCUCAGCCAGACAUUGGAAGGUCAUUCGGACUGGGUCCGUGACGUCGCCUGGUCACCCAGCAUUCUCUCCAAGUCCUAUAUCGCCUCUGCGUCUCAGGAUAAGACCGUGCGGAUCUGGACCUCUGAUGCAUCGAACCACGGCCAAUGGACCAGCCAGCAGCUGGAAUUCGACACUGUCCUGUGGCGGGUUAGCUGGAGCCCUAGUGGAAACAUCCUUGCUGUAAGUGGAGGAGACAACAAGGUCAGUUUGUGGAAAGAGAAUUUGAAGGGACAAUGGGAGAAGGUAAAGGAUAUUGAGGAGUAGAUUUGAUCAUUUCUUCCAUUGAUUUUCAUUUGCCUGUUAUCAUAUUCCCAUCUUAUUAAAUGGUGAAAGAGGUCUGGACCAUUAAGAUGCCUGCAUCCUGCAUUCCAUCGCACUUCAUCCCGAUGAAAGAAACACUUAAAACAGCGGAUCAUGAGAAAAACGAGAUCAUGGAAGCAGCAAGAAGUACCCACCGCCGAUACUUGCGAUGUGUCUCAACGCAGAAUGAGUCGUCAAACAUUCCAGAAAAUGCAAGGACCUCGGGCGGUCGGUUCUACCAUAUCAAUCCAUCGUCCGAUCGUGAUCGUUCCACUGGGGAGAAUAACUCCCUCGUACCCAUGGAUCC